CUCUAGCACAGGCAAUUUGCAAAGUAUUGCCAUGAUGUGUGAGGUAAUGCCUACCAUUAGUGAGGGUGACCCCUUAGGGCCACAGCCAGGCUCUGAUUCUGAUGCCAACUUUGAACAGCUGAUGGUGAACAUGCUUGAUGAGAGAGAUAAACUGCUAGAGACUCUUCGGGAAACACGUGAGACACUAUCUGUGACUCAGGGCCGGCUGCAAGAGACUGUGCAUGAGCGAGACCAAUUGCAGAGACAGUUAAACUCUGCUCUACCUCAGGAAUUUGCCACAUUGACCAGGGAACUCAAUGCAUGUCGAGAGCAGCUGUUGGAAAGGGAAGAGGAGAUCUCUGAGCUGAAAGCAGAACGCAACAAUACGCGGCUUUUGUUGGAGCACUUGGAGUGCCUGGUCUCGAGGCAUGAACGCUCUCUGAGGAUGACUGUAGUGAAGCGGCAAGCUCAGUCUCCGUCAGGGGUUUCCAGUGAGGUUGAAGUUCUGAAAGCCCUGAAGUCUUUAUUUGAACAUCAUAAAGCAUUGGAUGAGAAGGUAAGAGAACGCCUAAGAGCAGCACUGGAACGAGUAGCGACACUAGAAGAACAGCUGUCCAGUGCCCACCAGCAAGUAAAUGCUCUUCAACAAGGAUCUUCCCAAAGGGAAGCACCUGUAGGGGAAGAUGAAAAAAGGACUGAGGGCAAAGAAUCUGGGCAGAAAAUGCUUUGGAAGAGACUCCCUAAUGGCUCUAUACACCCAGAUGAUGAAGCAAGUCAGAUUGUGGAAUUGCAGGAGCUUCUAGAGAAACAAAACUUUGAACUAGCGCAAGCUAAAGAACGGUUAGCUGGUCUGGCUGCCAGUGUUGCUGAGCUUGAAGAAGAUCUAAACACAGCCAGGAGGGACCUCAUCAAAUCUGAAGAAAUGAGCAGCAAGUACCAGAGGGACCUACGAGAGGCUUUGGCACAAAAAGAAGACAUGGAGGAGAGGAUAACUACCCUAGAGAAACGCUAUCUGGCAGCCCAGAGAGAAGCCACUUCCAUUCAUGACCUUAAUGACAAGUUGGAAAAUGAGCUUGCCAAUAAAGAUUCUCUCCAUCGCCAGUGUGAAGAGAAGGCCAGGCAUCUUCAGGAGCUUCUGGAGCUGGCGGAGCAGAAACUGCAGCAGACAAUGAGGAAAGCUGAGACUCUGCCUGAGGUGGAAGCUGAGCUAGCGCAAAGAAUAGCAGCUCUUACCAAGGCUGAGGAAAGGCAUGGCAGUAUUGAAGAACGACUGCGGCAACUGGAAACUCAGCUGGAGGAGAAGAACCAAGAAUUGUCACGGGCCCGUCAACGGGAAAAAAUGAAUGAGGAACAUAACAAGAGGCUCUCUGAUACUGUGGACAGGCUGCUGAGUGAGUCCAAUGAGAGACUUCAGCUUCAUCUUAAAGAAAGAAUGGCAGCCCUUGAAGAAAAGAACACACUGUUGCAAGAAUUGGAAAAUACUCAAAAACAGAUUGAAGAGCAGCAGCAUGACAAGAGGAGGCUGUCUGAUGAAAUUGACAGGUUGAGACUAGAAAUUGACCAAUUAAAGGCAAGAAGUGGACCUUUACUUGACAGUGUACACACCAGGUGGGAAGAAAAACUCAUUUUCCCAAAAAUAAUUAUUAUGGGCAUAGGGAAAGGAUUGGUUCAGGGACAGCACAUCAAAGGACAUAAUGCCAGGAAGUCCUUUGUUGGAAGUACUCCUGAUCUCAGAUACCCAUUGAGUACUAUGGUCCAUCCAUCCACAGACCCCUUUGCAACAUCUAGUCUUCAUCGGGCACCAAAGAGCCGUUUUGUUGCUCUGCAGGAAGAACCCUCCAAGCCACCAGCAACUCAGUCCUAUUGGGAUGAGAUGGUUCCUCGGGUAACUUGGACCAAUGCCAUGCAAAGCUUUAAAAGUGAUCACAUAAACCUUGAAUUACACCUGGAAGCAAAUUGGCAACCAGCUCGUGGAAGAGUGCUGAAAGAUGGACCACUGCAGGAAUCCCAAAGACUGCUCAUGCUGCCAGUUGAUUGGGAGCAUGGUCAAACAAGUGGCAUCCUGAGUACUUCACCUCACACUUUUGAUAGUGAUCCGGAGAUUUCUGAUGUUGAUGAGGAUGACCAAGAAACAGUCUUCAGCUCUAUGGACAUGCUGUCUCCCAGUGGUCACUCUGAUGCCCAGACUCUUGCCAUGAUGCUGCAGGAACAACUGGAUGCCAUCAAUGAGGAGAUUAGAAUGAUCCAGGAGGAGAAAGAAUCAACUGAACUGCGGGCUGAACAGUUAGAAAGCCGUGUCACCAGUGGUAGCAUGGAAGCCCUAAAUCUGACACAGUUACGCAAGAGAGCGUCCAUCCCCACAUCUUUAACUGCCCUGUCUCUGGCAAGCUCAUCUCCUCCUGUCAGUGGACGUUCCACUCCAAAACUCACCUCUCGCAGCACAGCUCAGGACCUUGAUCGAAUAUGCAGUAUGACGCUGCCAAGUGAUUUGAGGAAACACCGGAGGAAACUACUUUCACCAGCUGGUCGAGAUGAGAGUCGAGAAGAUAAAACGACCAUCAAAUGUGAGACUUCUCCUCCUUCUUCACCCAGGAGCCUCAGGCUGGAGAAACUUGGACAUCCUGCUUUUGGUCAGGAUGAAGGCAAGAGUUUUCUAGAGGAUCAAGCAAGUAACCCCAGCAGCAGUAAUAGCAGCCAGGAUUCACUGCAUAAAGGCUCCAAGAGGAAAGGCAUCAAAUCUUCAAUUGGACGCCUGUUUGGAAAGAAAGAAAAAGGACGCUUAAUCCAACUGAGCAGAGAAGGCGCUACUGGGCAAGUUUUGCUAACGGAUGCAGAAAUGAACAUUCAGGACUCUCUUGGUCUUGGCAAGCUAGGAGCCCAAGCAGAAAAAGAUCGACGGCUCAAAAAAAAACAUGAACUUUUGGAAGAUGCUAGAAGAAAGGGUAUUCCCUUUGCUCAGUGGGAUGGCCCAACUGUGGUCUCCUGGUUGGAGCUUUGGGUGGGCAUGCCUGCCUGGUAUGUUGCAGCUUGCAGAGCUAAUGUGAAAAGCGGGGCAAUUAUGUCUGCCUUGUCAGAUACAGAGAUCCAGAGGGAAAUUGGAAUUAGUAAUGCCCUUCACAGGUUAAAACUGCGCUUGGCAAUCCAGGAAAUGGUGUCUCUCACAAGUCCUUCUGCUCCACCCACCUCCAGAACAUCAUCUGGAAAUGUCUGGGUUACUCAUGAAGAAAUGGAAACCAUGGCUCCUUCAACCAAAAUGGAUACUGAGGAAGGCAGUUGGGCACAGACUCUGGCGUAUGGGGACAUGAACCAUGAAUGGAUAGGGAAUGAAUGGCUUCCUAGUUUAGGUCUACCACAGUAUCGUAGUUACUUCAUGGAAUGUCUUGUGGAUGCGCGGAUGUUGGAUCAUCUGACUAAGAAAGACCUUCGAGUACACUUGAAGAUGGUAGACAGUUUCCAUCGAACAAGUCUCCAGUAUGGGAUUAUGUGCCUCAAAAGACUGAACUAUGAUAGAAAGGAGCUGGAGAAGAGGCGGGAAGAAAGCCAGCAUGAAAUCAAAGAUGUGUUGGUCUGGACAAAUGAUCAAGUAAUUCACUGGAUUCAAUCUAUUGGGCUUAGAGAAUAUGCCAACAACAUCAUUGAAAGUGGAGUCCAUGGUGCACUUAUUGCUCUGGAUGAAAAUUUUGAUUAUAAUAGUCUGGCACUUAUUUUACAAAUUCCCACUCAGAAUACUCAGGCACGGCAAGUGAUGGAGAGAGAAUUUAACAAUCUUCUUGCCUUGGGUACUGACAGACGACUUGAUGAUGGUGAAGACAAGACUUUUCGGCGAACUCCUUCUUGGCGAAAGCGUUUCCGCCCUCGAGACUUUCACAGUAUCACCAUGGUUAGUGGGUCAGCAGAAACACUUCCAGCAGGGUUUCGAGUGACCUCUUUGGUGCCUCUGCCACCUCCUUCAGCACCACCGAAGAAAAUGCCACCAGAAGCACAUUCCCACUAUCUUUAUGGUUACAUGCUGGCUGCUUUCCGGGAGUAGGAGAUUAUGCCUGCUCCUUUAGCUCCAAAGAACAGAAGCUACUGGUCAAUCAUUUUAGGCCUCAUGGCCAGCAGAACAUUCUUCCUCCUGCUUGUAUACAACCCCCUGAUCUCCUGUUUGUAUCCUUAACUCCCAAUUAAAUCUUUUCCCUUGGCUUUAAAGAUACCCUCAUUGAGAAAGAGAACAGGCUUCUCUGUCUCUAAGUCUGCACUAUGUAUGACACAAUGAUUUUGACAUAGGUUUGGUAAGAAGUGGGUGCACCUUAAUGCUGGUCUGCAGCAGUUCCUGCACCAUUGUCUGCCUGUGCUACACUCUGCCAUUAUGCCUGAGAGCAGCAGAAGCUGCUUGUUCCUACUGUACAGUUUGGACCUAAUAAGACAAUCACCAAGAAACAAGGCAAAUGAAGAUGGGAAAGCCCAGCUCUGAACUCUUCCUCAGGUGCAUUGGGCUUCUGCUGGAGCUUCUCAUCGCACCACAAGACAUUUCUGUCCAUGGACAACAUAGGUCCUCAGUUAAGAAAUACCCAGGCUAGAAACAAAAUGGACUGGUGCUUGAUGGAGAGAAGUUGGUUACCAAGCAAGUUUUGUAUGGGCUUUUCUUAGAUCCCAUGUUCAUGUGUGGAAGAAAAUGAAACCCAAUACUGGGAAAGCAGAAGAUGUUCUUGGACAUCUCUGUACCAGGAGUACUCUCUUUUUCACAUAGACAGAUAGAAAAUUCCCUUUCCUUCUCUCUGCAUCUACAGGUAGCCUGUGAUCCCCACAAAAUUUUAGCUGUUACUAUUUCUCUCUCCUAGGGUAGGAUCUGUUUGUCUCUUCAUGAUGCCUUUUGCCUUGUGUGCCCCCCCUAUUACUGACGUGGUAUUUCUUGGUGGCUGGAAUGCCAUAUAUUCCUACAGUGCUGUUUGAAAGUGCAAUAUCCAAGAGACUGUACAGUUGCAAUGUCUUUUUUGGUGUACGACUUGCCUAAUACAGUAUUAAAUAUUUUUUUAAUUUACAGAGUAAGUGACCCCUUUAUAUGAAUAAUCUCUUUCUUUUGUUAUAUUGGUACUGCAUGGAUUCCAAACCCUGCAAAUAGGUCAGGAAUGGGUGUAUGUGUGUUCCAAUAAAUCUGAUUUUAAA